AUUUGGAGGAAGCGGGAACUGGGUGUUCUUCCUCUAACGGGAUCGACUACCAUAUCCUCCACGCUGGUUGUCCCACAGAUUGUAAAAGUCUAAGCUUCUCCCAUGGCUUGUGAGAAAGAAAUGUGGCAGACCCUUGGAGAGGAAUUUGUCAAGGUCUAUUACAGCCAGUUUGACAACACUGACCGGAAGGGCCUCGGUGAACUUUAUUCUCCUGAUGCUUUUUUGACUUGGGAAGGAACAACUUAUAGAGGGAAAGAAGCAAUUGGAGGCAAACUAGCAAGCCUGCCUUUUCAGUUUAUUAAGCACAUUAUCACCAAACAAGACUGUCAACCUACAAUAGAUAGUUGUGUCCUAAUUAUGGUGUUUGGACAGUUAAAGGCAGAUGAUGAUCCACCAAUGGCCUUCCAUCAAGUGUUUAUGCUGAAGUGCGUGAACAAUGGAUGGGCCUGUACAAACGACGUGUUCCGCUUGGGGGUGCAUAACAUUGCAGUGUAACGUCGAUAUGUGGCCCUGAAACUAUGCCAAGAUCAAAACAUAAGCAAAAUUCCUCCACAAUGCCGAUGUGUCAGUAGAUUCAUGUCUAAUAAAAACAUUUAUUAGUA